ACUGUCAAUGCCAAAGGAAAGAAAGAAUAUUAUGAUAUUCUGAAGAAGAAAGACGAAACGAUUGCUGCACAAAAAGAGGAAAUUCUUCGAUGGGCCGAAACUUAUGGCGUUGAGGACCAGGUGAAAGCCUUUGAGGCCAAUUUAACGAAACAUAAAGAAGAAGUGCAAUCUAAAGUUACUGAAAUGUUGGAUAGAUUGCCAGACCUCUAUAAAGAACUCCUUGAAAUUUAUAACAAUGAGGAUCAAACUGCAGCUGCCAAGAAAGAAGGAUUGGAGAAAAUUAGGCUUGCCAAUCAAAAGGUGCGAGUUUUUUGGAGCUUUUUACUUUUAUGGACCAUAACAUGUUUCAGGAAUAUAAUGUAA